GUCGUUUCCAUUUUCAAGUUCAGUUGUACGAUUGUCGUGGAGUGUUUUGUUUGAAUAAUUCCAAGGAGUUGCACCGGGAUCAACAUAAUGGCCAACAUUAGAAAGAUGUAUGCCUCUCGCGCUUGCAUUUUGGCCAAAGCCGCCAAUGCCAACAAUGCUCGCUGCUACUGCAGUGGAUACAACUGGAUGCCAUGGUCUGCCCACCAGGGAAUACCACCAGCCGGAGUUUACGCCGGUAACGAUCAGGAUGGUUCGCCUAUCUACAUCGGACGCGCCUUUCACGAAGGAGAUCAACUCCCAGCGAAAGUAAUCCCCAGUAAGCAAGCAGCUUACGUGUCACAUAAUGGGGUGGAGAUUUACAAGUCGAACUUUGAGGUUCUCAGUGGAACGGGAUUCACUUGGGUACAUAGCGGCAAUGGUCACGUACCCAACGGUGCAGUACUUUGUGGAAACACUGUUUCCGGUGAACCACUUUACAUUGGGCGCACUCAUCAUGAAGGGAGCCUUACUCCCGGCAAAAUUCAUCGUAGUCAUGGAUGCCUUUACAUUCCAUUCGGAGGAGCAGAACAAAGCUUUCUGAACUAUGAAGUGCUCAUUGGACAACAAAGAUCAAACUGGACGCACUGUUCCGCCGGAGCUCCGGUUCCACCAGGAGCCAUUCUUGCAGGACACGACACAGACACAUCACCUAUCUACGUAGGCCGUGCCUACCAUGAAGGAGACCAACUUCCGGCCAAAGUAAUUCCAAGCAAACAAAUUGCCUACGUCUGCCACAACGGACAGGAAAUACCAAAGCACGGCUUUGAAGUACUGUGCAACGGUAAUGUUAAUUGGGUACCUUCCGGAUUUGGAAGUGUUCCUCCGAAUGCAGUUUUCGGAGGGCGAACUUCGACGGGAGAAACACUCUACAUUGGACGUGCCCACUAUAUGGGCAGUUUAACUCCAGGAAAGGUGCAUCCGAGCCACCAAACGUUGUAUAUUCCAUUUGGAGGAAGUGAGGUAGCAAUUAAGAACUACGAAGUAUUGAUUGAAAACUGAAAGUAUUAUUUUAAAAUUAUAAACCCGCUGACUUUGUAUAAUAUUUAUCGAUUUGUACGAAUAAAUAUUAAAAAUCACAA